AGACCGCCCCGCGGGCGGAAGUGACGUAACCGACUCUCAGCUCUGAGGGAAGGUGUAGCCGGUCGCUGCUGGGAGGCUGUAGUGGCGGAAGGGAUUCGGCGGCUGAUGGCGGAUCAGGAUCGGAAGCCUGCCUAACGCUCUGCCUCGCCUCGGGAGCCCUCCCACCGGAUUCACAAUGACAUCCUUUCAAGAAGUCCCAUUGCAGACUUCCAAUUUUGCCCAUGUCAUCUUUCAAAAUGUGGCUAAGAGUUAUCUUCCUAAUGCACACCUGGAAUGUCAUUACACCUUAACUCCAUAUAUCCAUCCACAUCCAAAAGAUUGGGUUGGUAUAUUUAAGGUUGGGUGGAGUACUGCUCGUGAUUAUUAUACAUUUUUAUGGUCCCCUAUGCCUGAACAUUAUGUAGAAGGAUCAACAGUCAAUUCUGUACUAGCAUUUCAAGGAUAUUAUCUUCCAAAUGAUGAUGGAGAAUUUUAUCAGUUCUGUUAUGUUACCCACAAAGGAGAAAUUCGUGGAGCAAGUACACCAUUCCAGUUUCGAGCUUCUUCUCCAGUUGAAGAGUUGCUUACUAUGGAAGAUGAAGGAAAUUCUGACAUGUUAGUGGUGACCACAAAAGCUGGCCUUCUUGAGUUGAAAAUUGAGAAAACCAUGAAAGAAAAAGAAGAGCUGGUAAAGUUAAUUGCCGUACUGGAAAAAGAAACAGCACAACUUCGAGAACAAGUUGGGAGAAUGGAAAGAGAGCUUAACCAUGAGAAAGAAAGAUGUGACCAACUGCAAGCAGAACAAAAGGGUCUUGCUGAAGUAUCACAGAGUUUAAAAACAGAAAAUGAAGAGCUUAAGAAGAGGUAUAAUGAUGCCACAUCCAAAGCUCUCCAGCUUGAGGAAGAUAUUGUAUCAGUGACUCAUAAAGCCAUUGAAAAAGAAACUGAAUUAGACAGUUUGAAGGACAAACUCAGGAAGGCACAACAUGAAAGAGAACAACUUGAAUGUCAAUUGAAGACGGAAAAGGAUGAGAAGGAACUUUAUAAGGUACAUUUGAAGAAUACAGAAAUAGAAAAUACCAAGCUUGUGUCAGAGGUCCAGACUUUAAAGAAUUUAGAUGGGAACAAAGAAAGCAUGAUUACUCAUUUUAAAGAAGAGAUUGGCAGACUGCAGUUCUGUUUGACUGAAAAGGAAAAUCUGCAAAGGACUUUCCUGCUUACAACCUCAAGUAAAGAAGAUACACUCCUUUUAAAGGAGCAACUUCGUAAAGCAGAGGAACAAGUUCAGGCAACUCGGCAAGAAGUUGUCUUUCUGGCUAAAGAACUUAGUGACGCUGUCAAUGUGCGAGACAGAACGAUGGCAGAUCUACAUACUGCACGUUUGGAAAACGAGAAAGUAAAAAAACAGUUAGCUGAAGCAGUGGCCGAACUUAAACUAAAUACUAUGAAAAAAGAUCAGAACAAGAAUGAUACACUAGAACACGAACUGAGAAGAGAAGUUGAAGAUCUGAAACUUCGUCUUCAGAUGGCUGCAGAUCAUUAUAAAGAAAAAUUUAAGGAAUGCCAAAGGCUACAAAAGCAAAUAAACAAACUUUCAGAUCAGUCAACUAAUAAUAAUAGUGUCUCCACAAAGAAGAUUGGGAAUCAGAAAGUGAAUGAUGCUUCAAUAAACACAGACCCAACCACGUCUUCCUCUACUAUAGAUGUAAAGUCAUCACCUUCUGCAGCAGAGACAAAUUUUGAAAUGGUAACAAAGGGGCAAAUCUGUGAAAUGACCAAAGAAAUUGCCGACAAAACAGAAAAGUAUAAUAAAUGUAAACAACUUUUACAGGAUGAGAAAACAAAAUGUAAUAAAUAUGCUGAUGAACUUGCAAAAAUGGAGCUAAAAUGGAAAGAACAAGUAAAAAUUGCAGAAAAUGUAAAACUUGAGCUAGCUGAAGUAGAAGACAAAUAUAAAUUUCAGUUGGCAGAGAAAGACAAGGAAAUAAGUGGUCUGACUUCACAUUUGGAAAACCUCUUCAGGGAGAAGGAAAUUAAAAGGAGUCUUAAAAAUCAAGCAGAAGGGAAAAUGGAAGGUCAGAAUUCCCAGAGUCCUCAGCAGAUCUCACAGUGUCUCAAUACAUGUUCAGAGCAAAAUGGUCAUGUUCCUGCAUUGUCAAAUGCACAACCAGUUCUGCAAUACGGUAAUCCUUAUGCAACACAGGAAAUAAGAGAUGGAGCAGAUGGUGCUUUUUACCCAGAUGAAAUCCAAAGGCCCCCUGUGAGAGUCCCUUCCUGGGGACUGGAAGACAAUGUUGUCUGCAGCCAGCCUGCUCGAAACCUUAGCCGGCCUGAUGGCUUAGAAGACCCCGAGGAUAGCAAAGAAGAUGAGAAUGUGCCCACUGCUCCUGAUCCUCCAAGUCAGCCUUUACGUGGGCAUGGGACAGGCUUUUGCUUUGAUUCCAGCUUUGAUGUUCACAAGAAGUGUCCCCUCUGUGAAGUAAUGUUCCCUCCCAAUUAUGAUCAGAGCAAAUUUGAAGAACAUGUUGAAAGCCACUGGAAGGUGUGCCCAAUGUGCAGCGAGCAGUUCCCUCCUGACUAUGACCAGCAGGGGUUCGAAAGGCAUGUUCAGACCCAUUUUGAUCAGAAUGUGCUAAAUUUUGACUAGUUACUUUUUAUUUUGAGUUAAUACAAUAUAGCAGUUUAAAAAAAUCACCUCAAAUAACCCACUGAGGAGACCACUAAGUGUCACUGUCAUGCACUCUCUACUGCACUUUUUCUGACCAAGAGCUACUUUGAGUUUGGUGGUAGUAGGAUCAGGGUCAUCUUCUGCUUAUCAAUAAAUGUAAUUUUAAUCUUGUUAAUCUUACCUGCUUUAAGAGAUGUUCUUGUGUAUUCACAUCUUUAUUUAUUCCCCAGUUUGCAGAAUUGUAUGAAUAAAGGAAACAAGGAUUAUUUUAAAUGUUACCGCACUAAAAAAAAAAGUGUGUAUGUAGUAGUGUGCUAGAUUAUUUAGCAGAAUAUUUACAAGUUUCUGUUGACCUUGUUGAUUGAGCAUGACUACUAAAUAUUAUGUAAUAAAAAGCAUUUAUCAUAACAGUCUCGUGAAGUAAUUCUUUGAAUACAGAAGGUUCCAUAAUUUAGCUCAUGAAGCAUUGUUAAUACUUAAAAGUGGAGCUGCAAGUCAAAUGAGACCAUACUUGCAAAUAUACUUUUCAUAUGUGAAAUGUUGGCUUUAGGAAUUAAUAGAGGGCAUAUUUUGAUAUUUUUAUGAAAAAAAUUGAGACUAACCUGAAUGAUUAUUUUUAAGUCAUCUUGAAGUUGUAUUUAUACCUACUGGGAAAAUGAAACAAGAUAUAUCAGUACAAUCGUUUUCAUGUUAAAUGAUCUCAUAGCAGUGGUGUUUGUGGUAUGGCAUAAAAUCAUAAGAGUGUAUAUCAGUAUCUUUUUCACAUUUUCCUCAGGAGAAUAUUACUUUGGGAUAUUCUCAGUAAUUAAAAAUAUGUAAUGUAUAAACCCAAAUUAAUGUGUUUCUAAAGUGGUGUUUCUCUUGUAUGGUACUCUCACCAACAUUAAAGAGGACACAUUUUCUGA